AUGAGAGGCGUUGUUGCCGUUCGUAGAUCUGCUUUAAUUUUCUGCCAUCGAGCCUUCGAUUGUAGCACAACCAUCGAAGCCGGAAGAGGGCAAUGUCAAGUAGAAACAUUCGAUAGGGGAAGAGGAAGACGAAGAAGACGGGUUGAGAAGCAGCCAGAGUCUAAUCACACCCAACUCAAACCAUUAUCACACAUUAACUUUAGAAUUCAUGUCAGGCAUACAUCUUUUUUGAUAUUAGAGAUACAUGCGGUUAUGGAUUCCUUCUCGAAAGUGGAGAUUUCGAACUCUGGGAACAACAGCAUCAGUACAGGGAUCCCGGCAUCUUCUUCGGUUGGAACAUCAUCUUCGGGGGGUUCGACUUUAAGCCGAUAUGAGAACCAGAAACGCCGGGACUGGAACACUUUUGGGCAGUACCUGAAAAACCACAGGCCUCCGCUUUCGCUUGCACGGUGCAGCGGUGCUCAUGUACUUGAAUUCUUUCGGUACUUGGACCAAUUUGGCAAGACCAAGGUGCACACUCCAAUCUGCUCUUUUUAUGGUAACCCUAACCCUCCUGCGCCGUGCCCUUGCCCUCUUCGACAAGCAUGGGGAAGCCUCGAUGCCCUAAUCGGACGCCUCCGGGCUGCUUACGAGGAAAAUGGAGGUAAAAGUGAGACAAACCCUUUUGGGUCUCGUGCUGUGAGGCUUUAUCUUCGAGAGGUUCGUGAUUUGCAGUCGAAAGCUAGAGGAAUCAGCUACGAUAAGAAGAGGAAGCGGCCUCCUUCCCAAAAGUUGGCUGCACAAACAUCAGCAGCACCACCGCCAGGUGAAGGUUAA